UAUUAUCAGAAACUGGAGUGUAUUUAUUCCGCCUAUUCUGUUGCAAAACGUUUCUUAAACGGAAGCAAACGAAAAGGGGAGGGAGCUACCUGAAUCUGUCCAUUGUAAACUAGUUUUGCUCUCUUUGCUUCUUAAACGGGUUCCGUAAUGAAUACACCCUUGAUGUUGGCGUUUCCAGUACCUCAUUGUGCAGUCCGCCCACCCACCCAUAAAGAGGCUUUUAACAUCGAAGUUUAACAUGUGGCUAAAGUAGUUGAAUUUCCUAUUGACAGUAAUAAAUAAACGGACUUUACGCACCAGUGAAAGACACCGGAUAAUCGGUAUUGUUGUAGGCUAACAAUUGGAAUUGAUGUCUCAUUUCUCAUCCAUGCUAACGUUAGCUGGCUGUCUAAAAUUGAUGAUGUGAGAUGAGGCGGCUAGCGACAACAUAGCUAUUCAGCCUGCUGAAGAAUACUCCAAGGAAAGAGAAGAAAAGACUGUUCACUUCUCUCACUAGUUUAACGCCAAGUGGAAUAUCGUAUUUGUUUUGACGAAAUUGUGUUUAACUCGUGAGCAAAUGUCUAAAUUAUAGUUAAUCUUAGUCCAACACGCGCCACGUUUCAACUGGACCAAAGAGUGACUUUCCGCAAUUUAAUUCAAGUAAUGGGGGUGAAUUGCUGCUCUGACCUGUCUGUGUCUUCCCACUAUGUGGACUCGUCCCUCAUGUACCUGCUGGAGUACUACACCUACCACCUGUGUGCCUUUGGCUACAGGUACCGCUACCAGCCCCCGGCCCCCCUGGGCUACAAGAUGGAGGGGGGACACUCGUACUCCAAAGAGCAGCCAGCCAUCCCGAGGGUGCCGCUGGCGAGGGGGGAGGGUCUGUCCAGGACAGACAGGAAACAGGAAGUGAUGCCUCCUGCUGCUGCAGGGGAGAAGGACCCACCUGCUGCUGCUCAGGAUGACUAGCAGUAGCAGCUGUGUGUGUGUGUGCUUGCCAUUUGAGCGUGCAUGUUUUACACAUGUGCAAUCACCUGCACAAAAGUGAAAAGACGGUGCAAACUGUGGUGCCUCCAAAUAAGUGUGCUGUUGUGAAGGACUCUGUGGGUGGUGAAGGAUCUGCAAAGAAUUUCUGCUGUGACGGCAAGAUUGGCCUUUUGGCUGUAAGUUGGUUGGAUUGUCACUGCGGUAACCCCAUCCCUUUUUAGUCCUUGUUUUAUAUUUAACAUGAUUUGUUAACUCAUUCCAGUUUUAAUCCAUGUUUCAAUUACCUCAGUUCUUUAAGACACAUGAAAUAAUUAUUGGAUGACUUAGAAUAACUGGAUUUACUGGCUGAUUUAGGAUCAGCUUUGCCUACCCUAAUCAAAACCUAAGCUACUAGGGGUUGAAAACCAAGCCUGGUCUUAGAUCUGCAUUUAUACCUGUAGAUACAGGUGAAAAGAUUAUCUGUAAUUAGAUGUGAAAAAGACCAGCAGAUCCACUCCUUUUGGAGAGGGAGAAAGAGGAAUCUUAGGAGACCUGGCUUUCUCUAUCAGCCCCAGUAGCUUGUGCCUUGUAAAUCAUGAUUGUAUGCACCGUCAGCUGCACAUUUUGACACUGCACUGUGACAAGUCUGAGAAUUAUCUUUUCAGAGAGGAGAAAUCUCGUUGUUUAUACGUUCCACAGAUCUAGGCCAAUAGGAAGGCCUUAUGUUGGAAGGUGGAGAUGCCUUUUGGACAUGUCGCUUGAACCUACCUGUGCAUGAUCAAUUCAGCUAUCUCUGUUGGAUUAGAUAAUAUUUCAUUAAUUUGUUUUAUUUUUGUUUUAUUUAUACUGAACCAAAAUGUAAACGCAACAUGUAAGGUGUUGGUCCCAUCUUACAUGAGCUUAAAUAAAAGAUCCCAGAAAUGUUCCAUAUGCACAAAAAGCUUAUUUCUCAAGUUUUGUGCACAAAUGUGUUUACAUCCCUGUUAGUGAACAUUUUUCCUUUGCUAAGAUGAUCCAUCCACUUGAUAGGUGUGGCAUAUCAAAAAGUUGAUUAAACAGCAUGAUAAUUACACAAGUGCACCUUGGCAGUACAUCCAACCGGCUUCACAACCUCAGACCACUUGUAACCACGGCAGCCCAGGACCU